AUGGGGUCAGAUGGCAUUCUGCGAUUCAGAGAUAGAGUAUGUGUACCUGAGAAUUGGAGGUUGAGGAAACAGAUUCUAGAAGAGGAGCAUAAAAGUCGUCUUAGCAUACAUCCGGGUAUGACUAAGAUGUAUAAGGAUCUGAAACAAUUCUUUUGGUGGAACGGAAUGAAAAUUGAUGUUACUGACUUUGUGGCAUCAUGCUUGAUGUCAAUGGACAAACUGGUUGAGUUAUAUGUUAGAGAAGUAGUCAGAUUGCAUGGGGUGCCGACUAGCAUUGUAUCUGACAGAGAUUCGAGAUUUACUUCUCGUUUUUGGCAGUCGCUACAGUUCUUACAACAAACUUCUGAGAAAGUCAAAGUCAUUCAAGAAAGAAUGAAGGCAACUCAAAGCAGACAAAAGUCUUAUGCAGAUAAUAUGAGGAGGCCUUUGGAGUUUGAGGCAGAGGAUCAUGUGUUCCUUAGAGUAACACCGACGGCUAGCAUUGGAAGGGCUAUCAAAUCAAGGAAGUUAACUCCGAGGAUCCUAAGGAGAAUAGGCAUGAUAGCGUAUGAGAUUGCCUUCUCGCCGUAUCUAGCAAACCUGCACAACGGAGGAUCUGACAUGAACACCGGACCAGUGAGGAUUUUGGACUCUCAGGUGAAGAAGCUGCGAGGAAAGGAGAUUCGGACGGUGAAAGUUGUAACGUCCUGGUCUUACAAAAGUUCUCUGGGAUGA